AUGCCUUCCGUCGUCUCAUCCUCCUUCUACCUCCCAUCAGUGGACAUUACCCCCUUCCUGGAGGACCCCACCAGUCCAGCUGCCCAGCAAGUAGUUGAAGAUGUGCGUGCCGCAUGCAUCUCCACUGGUUUCUUCCAGAUGACCGGCCACGGUGUGCCUACAUCUCUCCAACAAUCCGUAUUUAAUGCAGCCGCCAAAUUCUUCAAACUCCCACAACCCGUCAAGACUAAACUCGAUGCUCGCAGUAGUCUUGGAUUCCGUGGAUAUGAUGUGAUGGGUACGCAGCUGUACGAAGAUGAUGUCCUCCCCGAUCUGAAGGAGGGCUUUUUCCUUGGACAAGACAUCCCGGCCGAGGACCCGCGCGUUGCAGCUCGUCGAUUCUUCAUGGGCCCGAACGUUUGGCCGCCAACAGAGAUGCUGGCCUCUCGGGAUUUCAGGGAUCCCCUUGAAAAAUACUAUCAGGCCAUGACUGAGUUGUCGCAUAUCGUUCUCGACCUUGUUGCUGCAACCCUGCCCUACGGACCUCACGUCUUCGAUGAGUUCAAGGCUAAUGACCCUGCCUGCCCCAUGAGACUCCUGCAUUAUCCGCCGACUCGCCCAGCUGCCACCGCCGAGGAAGGUGAAGCGCAGAAGAGGCAGCUGGGUAGCAGCGCUCACACGGACUUCGGAGCCGUGACGCUGUUGCUACAAGACGAACAUCCUGGUCUGGAAGUGCAAGACCGCGAAACGGGUGAAUGGAUCGGUGUUCCACCGGACCCGGCAGCGUAUGUGGUCAAUAUGGGGGAUAUGAUCAGCCGGAUCACCGGUGGGCUGUACAAGAGUAGCAUUCACCGAGUUGUGAAUAAGAACCCGACCGAUCGGUUCAGUGUCGUUUAUUUCUUCGAUGGAAACAUUGACUUUAAAUUGUAUCCUCUGGAUGUCGUCUAUGGCAAGGGGAUUGAUGAGGACGAAAAGGCACCGACCGUCGAGGAACAUAUGAUUGAGCGGACUAUGGCUUCGUACAAUAUGAAGAAGAGCUCUUGA